AUGGGUGCACAACUAUCUUUACUAGCGCAGACAGCACCAUCAAUUGCUAUAUCAUCAUACGUUGAUGUUUUAGAUGAGGUUCAUUACCAAUCACAGUUGAAUUCGAGCAGGUUCUUGAAGACAUGCAAGGCAUUAGAUCCUAAUGGUGAAAUUGUUGUGAAAGUUUUUUUGAAGCCUACCGAAUCAUACGAUCUUAAAAGCAUACAUGAUAAGAUAGAGCGUCAAUCGUUGAUGCUACGACAGCUUCCGAAUGUGCUGAAUUAUAGUAAGAUAUUGUAUACCGAUCGUGCAGGUUAUCUGAUACGGCAACAUUUGAAAACAAACCUCUAUGAUAGACUAAGUUUGAGGCCAUUUUUGCAGGAAAUUGAGUUGAAAUUCAUGGCUUUCCAGUUAUUGCAGAUACUUGCUGAUAUACAUAUGAGAGACAUUACCCAUGGUGAUAUAAAGACAGAAAAUAUCAUGGUAACAAGUUCAAACUGGUUGAUUUUGACAGAUUUUUCUGAAUACAUCAAGCCUAAGUAUCUUCCUGAAGAUAAUCCAGGUGAGUAUGCUUUUUAUUUUGAUACAUCUCAAAGACGGACCUGCUAUCUAGCCCCAGAAAGAUUUGAUACCAAGCGGUACAACGAUGAGACCAUCAAUAAAUUAGAAAAGGAGAUGGAUCUUUUUAGUUUGGGUUGUUGUCUAUUUGAACUAUUCACCGAGGGAAGACCAUUGUUUAACUUAUCUCAGCUAUUCAAAUAUAAAAACGGUGAGAAUGAGGCUUUAGAGACAAUCAGAUCUGAAAUAAAAGAUCCUGUUUUGCAAUCGCUAAUCUUAGACAUGAUUGCUCUGAAUCCAGAGGAUAGACUUAGUGCAAGAACCUUACUUUCCAAAUACAAAGUUACUUUUUUUCCAGAAACAUUCUACUCUUUUAUUUAUGAGUAUUAUAGGAAUAUGGUACAGCCGGCAGGUCUAUCAAAUGGUAAUAAAACAACUAUGAGCCUAACCUUGGAAGAACGUAAAAGAGAUCUUGAUACCACCGUCACUAAAAUAUUCAAAGAUUUCUCCAAAAUAUGUAUCACUGGUGAGUAUCCUCUUAAUAAAUCUGAUCUCAUAAUUGACGGGGAUGAGCUGUCAUUUGUUACUGAUACAAUUAUGAUAAAUGGAGUGGGCCAGAUUAAAUUACAGAAAUUCAGCACUAUGAGCGGCGAGUCUGUACAAAAUCAAAGCGCACUUUUGUUUCUCGCAACUCUCUUGCAUUGCCUUCGAAACCUAAUCAAUCCAAAGAAUAAAGAACGUUGCUUAGAAAUGAUAUUAAUAUUGAGUCAAUAUAUAUCAGAUACCAAUAAAUUAGAUCGAGUGCUUCCGUUUGUUAUGUUUAUGGUUUUUGAUGAAAAUUCCAAUGUGAAGGCUCUAGCAAUUAAGGUUACUGCUCAACUUUUGCUUAUCACCGAAACUAUUUACCACACUAACGCUAAUGUUUUUGUCGAUUAUAUUUUGCCAAGAUUGAACAAAAUAUGUCAGUCUCCUCAGACGGAUGGAUAUGUUCGAAUGGUUUUAGCAAAUACUUUGGGCCACUUUGCUACAUCUGCUAUCAGGUUUCAUGAACUCCCUUACUUGUUGAGUUUCCAGUCAUCCAAAGUUGCUGAGGUGAAUCAAUUGCAGAACGUAAGACGUAAGCUUCUAAGACAAUUUGAAGAAAUCACAACCACUUUACUAACCGCACCUGAACCACACGUUAAAGAAGCCUUACUCUCUAAUAUUCUACCUAUCUGCCAUCUUUUUGGUAAAGAAAGGACAAAUGAUAUAAUUCUCAGUCACUUGAUCACCUAUUUGAAUGACAAAAAUUCGUCAUUAAGAAUCUCACUUAUUAGAUCUAUUACUGGAGUUUCAGUACUACUUGGUUCAGUAGCUUUGGAGCAGUAUAUAUUGCCACUCCUGACUCAAACCUUAAGCGACUCUGAGGAGGCGGUGGUCAUUUCCGUCAUUCAAAGUUUAAUAAGCUUUUGUAAAGUUGGCCUUUUAAAAAGCAAAUACUUCUAUGACAUUGCUUCUGAAAUCGCUGUCCUUGUGUUACAUCCAAAUUUUUGGGUGCGAGAGUAUACUAUGCUACUAUUGAUAGAAAUGGCAUCGAAACUUUCAAAGCCUGAGCUGUACUGUAUGAUGUACCCGAUCAUCAAACCAUUUUUUGAAUUUGAUGUUGAAAUGACGUGGGAGUCUCUAUUGAUUAGCUCAAAAAAACCAGUUUCCAGAAAUGUCUACAAUCUUUUAUGUAGUUGGACAUUAAGAUCAUCGAAGUCGCUGUUUUGGAAGCAUUUGCCGACCAAAAAUGUAAACUCUUUUGGUAAUAAUACUGUGGAAUUCAUAUCUAAGAAUUUUUCUGUGAAUAAUUAUGGCUUUCAGACUAAUUUCAAGCCCUCAAAAUCGCAUGUAACUUCUAUUGCUAAUAUUGAAAUACCCUUGACAACUGAGGACAAGAACUGGAUAGACAAGAUAAAAAAUGUGGGGUUGUCAGAGACAGAAUUAUGGAAGCUAGCUGCACUAAGACCAUACGUCUUUCGGGUUUCAAAGAUGUUAUCCAGGAAACCUGAAACUCAAUCCAACGAAUAUGAUGAUAUUUUAACUGAAAGAAGAGUCUUUGGACUCCCUCAAACUGUUCUUUUUGACAUUGAAGCUGUUGACUCCAGCAAAGAACAAAAUACACAUGUCAUAUUAAAACAUAUAACUUCAAAGGACAAUAUAUCAGGGAAAAUGAAAUAUACUUCUCCUCAUAUUCUUCAACGGCCGAUCGAUAUGAACGGAUCACUCAUCCUUACUCCCAAGUCUCAUCCGGUUAUAAAUUCUUCGUCUGAAAAUGUUUAUAUUCAAUUUGAACCCAGAACUCCACCGGCUUCUGCCGGUUCUGGUAAAGCUUCAUUAUCCUCUGGGGAAUCCAAAUUUAAAGUCACAAACAGUUACAAUGGACAUCAGAAUUCCAUUGUCGAGUAUUUAAGGAGUAUUGAUAUCAAACCACCUUUGAAAAGCUUUAGAGAAUUCGGGGAAAGCUACAUGGAGUCGGCGUUGCCGUUCUCUUUCACAGAAUUCAAUACCUUGAAGUUCAUUUCAAGUUUGAGUGACCAUAAACCUGCUCCUGUUACGGCCGUGGCAGCUAACAAUUAUAAGCCAUACAUUGUCACAGGUUCUGACGAUGGCUUUCUGAAAAUCUGGGAUUUAUCGAAAAUAGAAAAAGGGUCUACUUUCAAGCCCGUAGUAAAUCAUGAGCUAGGAUCAUCCAUCGUUGAUAUAACUUUCAUUGCGAAUUAUGAUGUGUUCGUGGUUUCAGCAAAUGAUGGAUCCAUCAAUUUGUUCAAAAUAAACUUCAAAAAUCACAUAACGAACCGCGAAAUACAAUGUAUCGAAAAUCUACGACAUUUCACGUUUAAAGAAGCAAAAGAAUAUGGCACUUCUUUAUCGUACACUAAUGAUGAUUCAAAACCUUGGAUAAUUACUGUAACUAACCAUGGUCGUAUUGUUAUGUUAGAUAUCAGAGACAUGUCAGUCGUCCAUCAAAUCGUAAUAUCGCCCGUGUAUGGUUCAGUUUCAACUUCGUCUGUUAGUUCUGACGGUCAUUGGCUACUAUGUGGAACAACACACGGAGCAUUACUUCUUUGGAAUCUCACAUUUAAAAUUUUGGUGAAAUCUUGGUGUUUUGGAGAUGAAAGUCCUAUUCGCAAGGUCAUUCUUUUCCAAAAGGAUAGCAGAAAGAACGAAUAUAGCGCUAUAGUGACCGGUGGAAGUUCUAAAUGUUUAUUCACAAUAUGGAAUUUGACAAGACUUCAAGUGGAGGAAGUAGUUUCUUCAUCUAACAUGGACACAUCAAUUGAUUACUUGGUACCGAAACCAUUUAAAAGGGGCACGAAACUCAAUCAAACGGCAAUACUCAAGAAUGACUACGUAUGCGAAUACAUUUACAGGCAAGGUAAUGUUUAUUAUGCUGAUGGAUUAACGUCUGAAAUUUAUAGGUACAAUAUCAGAAACAGAUCCAACGUUUCACUUUUAUCAACAAAAAGCGAUUCCGACAAAUCAAAUGCAACUAAGCUAACUCUGAAUUGCUGGCUUACAACUGUUGGAAAAACUUGGGAUCAUAACAUUCAGGACCGUGUAACAUAUUAUCAUACAGAUUUGAUCAAUUGCAUGACUUUUGGCUGUUUACAGUCUGCAGCUGCACUUGUUUCAGCAGACAAUUCGGGUAUGAUACAUUUGUAUAUGCUUCAAAAGUAG